AUGGGCGGGACCCACGCCCGGCAGCCGGCCGCCUGGGACCAGGGCGAGGAAGUCAACUUUGACCAUUUUCAGAUCCUGCGGGCCAUCGGCAAAGGGAGCUUUGGAAAGGUGUGCAUUGUGCAGAAGCGGGACACGAAGCGGAUGUACGCCAUGAAGUACAUGAACAAGCAGCAGUGCGUGCAGCGGGACGAGGUGCGCAACGUGCUCCGCGAGCUGCAGAUCAUGCAGGGCCUGGAGCACCCCUUCCUGGUCAACCUGUGGUACUCGUUCCAGGACGAGGAGGACAUGUUCAUGGUGGUGGACCUGCUGCUGGGCGGGGACCUGCGCUACCACCUGCAGCAGCACGUGCACUUCCCCGAGGGCGCCGUGCGGCUGUACGUGUGUGAGCUGGCACUGGCGCUGGACUACCUGCAGCAGCACCGCAUCAUCCACCGGGACAUCAAGCCGGACAACAUCCUGCUGGACGAGCACGGACACGUCCACAUCACAGACUUUAACAUCGCGACCGUGGUGAAGGGGGCGGGGAUGGCUUCUUCCAUGGCCGGCACCAAGCCCUACAUGGCCCCGGAGGUGUUCCAGGCCUACGUGGAUGGAGGCCCCGGGUACUCCUACCCCGUCGACUGGUGGUCCCUGGGCAUCACGGCCUACGAGCUGCUGCGGGGCUGGAGGCCGUACGAGAUCCACUCGGCCAUGCCCGUGACGGAGAUCCUGAACAUGUUCCAGGCAGAGCGUGUGCACUACUCCUCCACGUGGGGCCAGGGCAUGGUCGCCCUGCUGAGGAAGCUCCUGACCAAGGAUCCCGAGAGCCGCCUGUCCAGCCUCGGCGACGUUCAGAGCACACCCUACCUGGCCGACGUGAACUGGGACGCGGUGUUGGAGAAAGCGUUGACCCCCAGCUUUGUGCCCAAUAAAGGGAGACUGAAUUGUGACCCCACGUUUGAACUCGAAGAAAUGAUUCUCGAAUCCAAGCCACUUCACAAGAAGAAGAAGAGGCUGGCGAAGAACAGGUCCAGAGACGGCACGAAGGACAGCUGCCCGCUGAACGGCCACCUGCAGCAGUGUCUGGAGACCGUGCGGAAGGAAUUCAUUGUAUUCAACAGAGAGAAGCUGAGGCCGCAGGGCCCGGGCGGCCAGCAGCUGGACCCCGAGGGCCGCGCCGGGAGCCGGGCGCCGGGCAAGCUCCGGGACGAUGGGUGCAACAACAACGUGCCAGGCCCCGCCUGUGCUCGCAGCUGCAGCAGCUAA